CUAAUCCAAGACUCUCUCUCUCUCUUUCCUUCUUUCCUUCUUUCCUUCCUCUGAAAAUUAAUAAUGUUGUUCAAAAGGAAUCUUCUGGCUAUACUUUUGGUUGUGUUUUUGAUAAAGAGGUGUUCAUCAGAUAAUGGAGGACUAAGUAGGGGGAGUUUUCCCGAGGGAUUUAUCUUUGGAACAGCUUCUUCUGCUUAUCAGUAUGAGGGAGCAGUGAAGGAGGCUGGAAGAGGACCCACAGUUUGGGAUACCUUUGCCCAUUCUUUUGGUAAGGUGAUUGAUUUCAGCAAUGCUGAUGUUGCUGUCGAUCAAUAUCACCGUUUUGUGGAAGAUGUGCAACUUAUGUCAGAUAUGGGAAUGGAUGCUUAUAGGUUCUCCAUUGCAUGGUCACGCAUUUUUCCAAAUGGUACUGGUGAAGUCAAUCAAGCAGGCAUUGACCACUACAAUAAAUUAAUUAAUGCUUUGCUAGCCAAAGGGAUUGAACCGUAUGUGACUCUUUACCAUUGGGACCUUCCACAAGCAUUGCAAGACAAAUAUAAUGGAUGGCUUGAUCGUCAAAUUAUCAAGGACUAUGCGAAUUAUGCCGAGACAUGCUUCAGGGAGUUCGGCGACAGGGUCACACACUGGAUAACUUUCAAUGAGCCUCACACAUUUGCAAUCCAAGGUUAUGAUGUUGGACUUCAAGCCCCUGGUCGCUGCUCCAUUAUUCUGCGCCUGUUUUGUCGAGCUGGGAAUUCAGCAACCGAACCGUACAUCGUCGGCCACAAUGUUCUCUUAUCUCAUGCUACUGUGGCAGACAUUUAUAGGAGAAAAUACAAGGCAACACAACAUGGAACUGUUGGGAUAGCAUUUGAUGUCAUGUGGUUUAUACCUAUGACAAAUUCAAGUGAAGAUAUUGAUGCAACACAAAGAGCGCAAGAUUUCCAAUUUGGAUGGUUUAUGGAUCCCUUAUUCUUUGGGGAUUAUCCAAGUUCAAUGAGGACAAGAGUUGGAAAUAGGCUGCCAAAGUUUUCAACUGCAGAGGCUGCUCUGGUUAAGGGGUCCUUGGAUUUUGUGGGCAUAAACCACUACACGACAUACUAUUCCAAGCACAAUUCAAGCAAUAUAAUAAAUAUACUUCUCAAUGAUACACUUGCAGAUUCUGGCGCCAUCUCUCUGCCCUUCAAGUAUGGGAAACCAAUAGGAGAUAAGGCCUCUUCCAUAUGGCUGUACAUUGUACCACAAGGAUUCAGAAGCCUAAUGAACUAUAUCAAGCAAAAAUAUGGCAAUCCACCAGUUAUUAUCACUGAAAAUGGCAUGGAUGAUCCAAAUGACCCAUUUAUCUCCAUUAAGGAUGCUUUGAAGGAUGACAAAAGGAUCAAAUACCAUCAUGACUAUCUGUCCAACUUGUCUGCUGCCAUAAGGAAAGAUGGUUGUGAUGUACGAGGAUACUUUGUCUGGUCUCUCCUUGACAACUGGGAAUGGGCUGCAGGAUACACUUCAAGAUUUGGUCUAUAUUUCGUUGACUACAAAGACAAUCUGAAGAGAUACCCUAAGAACUCUGUUCAAUGGUUCCAAAACUUGUUAAAAUCCGCCUAACCUACAGCUGAUAUCCUCCCAGUAUUACAAAUUUUGGGCAUCAUUCACUCUGUGUCCCUAUAAAUAUACUGCAUAAUAAAAAAAUUUGUUCAAGAUCAUCAAAUGUCACCUGAAACUGAAUAUUGUUAUCCAAUUUGCACAUAAAGGUAAUGUUUCCCAUAAAUAUGAUCUCAUUCUCAAAUUUGCCAA